UUUCUACCGGGAAACUGUGUCUGGAUUUUCUGCAUAACAUAAAACAUGAAAAUUUUGUUCUGCCCAUUAGAUAAAUUUGUUACUCUAUAAAUCUAUUUACUAAAUAUGGCCAGACCACAAGUGCAAAUUAGUCCGCUACCCGGCAAUAUGGGCGUUCCCCGCGUCGUUAUAAAGCAAAACGCAGAGUCACCAUCGCCCGGUCACUUGUCCCCGGUACCCUCCGCUCUCAGGAGAGGAAGGAGGGAGGAGGCAGCUCACAGCUCGGGCCGGGACGGGUCCUGGAAGAAACUUAAGGCGGGAGAGAAGAGCGGCGGUUCCAGUUCUCCUCAUGGGGCGCUACACGGGCAAAACGUGCCGGCUGAUCUUAAUGCUAGUCAUGACAGCGAGCUUCUUCGUGGCCGAACUGGUGUCGGGCUACGUGGGCAACUCCAUCGCGCUGGUCUCCGACUCCUUCAGCAUGCUCUCCGACGUGCUCGCUCUCUGCGUGGGCCUCGUCACAGGACGCCUGUCUCACCAACGCCGAAGGUGUCCCGGCGCCUCUUACGGCUGCGGACGGGCCGAGGUGGUGGGCGCCCUCUGCAACGCCGUCUUCCUGGCCGCCCUCUAUUUCACCAUCCUGAUGGAAGCGCUGCAGCGCCUGGCGAGGCCGGAAUCCAUCAGCAACGCCACGCUUAUCCUCGUGGUAGGCGCGAUCGGUCUGGCCGUCAAUCUCGUGGGACUCCUCGUCUUCCAGGACUGGGCCUGCUGCUGCGGUCGAGGGUCGCCGCCCCCACCCAUUUUGAGCCCCGAAGACGAGAGCCCAACCCGAACCGUCGCUAGCAGCUCGGUCGCCUUAGAGGGGAUGGUGGAAAUGAGCGGCCACGCCGCUGAGCCCAGCCCGAAAGCAGGUGAUUCUACGGAUACCCAGAAAACCCCCAAAGAGGAUCAGAAACAGAAAACAGAAAAAAAGUCGGAAGCCUUGAACAUCAGAGGUGUUCUUUUGCAUGUGAUGGGAGAUGCUCUUGGCUCAGUUAUUGUUGUGGUUGCUGCUUCCAUAUUCUAUGUACUUCCUCUGGAUGAGAACACACCUUGUAACUGGCAGUGUUACAUUGAUCCGAGCCUGACCAUUGUUAUGGUCUUUAUCAUACUGUCUUCAGCCUUUCCACUUAUCAAGGAGACGGCAACCAUUUUGUUGCAAAUGGUCCCCAAAAAUGUGAAUAUGCAAAUAUUGGCAAACAAAUUAUUGGCGGUGCCAGGCGUUAGCAGCAUUCAUGAGCUGCAUGUCUGGGAAUUUAUCAAGGGGAAGAACAUUGCCACACUCCAUGUCAAGUGUCACUCUACUUCUGACUACCCUAUUGCUUCCUACAAAAUCAGGGAGGUGUUCCAUGAAGAAGGGAUCCAUUCGGUGACCAUCCAGCCAGAGUACCUAGAACACAAUUGUCCUAAGGUCCUGUGCAGUACACCAUGUAUCUCCAGAUCCUGUGAUCCUCAGUUGUGCUGCAACCAGCAGGAUGCUCUUCUUUCUCAGAUGAAUGGUUACAGUGAAACAAUAGGCAGCUUUUCUCCAUCACUGAAGAAGGUCUUCCAAAAAAAAGAUGCCAUAGAAAUUCCUGUUGAACCCACGUGGGCUGAAGACAUGGACAAAAAGAACAGUUGCUCCAAGGACAGUUAUAAAGAAAAAAAUGAAAGCAUUCCACAAAUAAAUAGCACUCGAUUUUAGACUUUAGGGUAAAUAUAUUCUAAAUUCUUUUGUCUCAAAAAGAAAGUUGGGGAGUUUCCUUGUACAAAGCUUCCUUUGGUUGAAAAAGAAGUAGCUGUUGGCGAGUGUUUGCCAUGUUUCUGGGAGGCAGCAGUUGAAAGUUGAAUAUCAAGUUGAAUACCAACUAAAACAGAGGCCAUUGGUUUCUUCUAAGGUCUAGUUGAAAUGGGCAGCCAUUUUCUUAAUGUUGGGCAAAUAAGCAAUGCCAACCCUAUGUGCUACGCUGCUCUGCAACGAGAAAAGGAUAAAGCAUUUAUUCAAUGAGUAGAGGUGUUUUCCGUUCAGAUCACUUUCAAGCCUUCUCUUAACUGUUAGUGUAUGCAUCUUUCAGAUGCAAAUAGAAAUCUCAAGAAGGUUGGUUUAAUGUUAAAUGUAUUAAUUAGGAUGCAGAUUGCAAGCCUUACUCCUUUAUGAUUGUCCUAGCUUAUGGCAUAUCUUUAUUUUUCACUGAACUUUGUUUUUCUGUUUACUUGAGAUAGAUGAAAAGGAGAAAAGUGAGGAAAUAGGCCUCAUGGGUGUAUGGAAUAAAUGAGUUAAAUAAGCAAAAGAACCAAUUAACUCAUCCUUUUAUGCUUCACAAAUGAAGAACUAU